UACAUACGCUCCACCGGUUUCAAGCCGAGGAUAUGGAAGCUGCACUCAAGGAUCAUAGCAACAGCUUCGCAGAGGAGCAACCGACCCAUGUGCACUUUCUUGAUCUCUCCUGAAACACAAUAUGGAGAGAUUGCAUAAUGUCAAAUGACAUGAGAAGGAUGAUCAUAAUUGUGAAUACAAAGGAUUCUGAUGGAGAUGGUCACCAACUAAUUUAAAGGUGCCAUCCCAACAUUUGUACGCAGAAAAUGAUGAAAAGAAACCUCAGUCAAGACAGUUGGUAUGCUGGCUAAGUUACAAACUGCGCACCUCCCAAACACAAGCGUGGAGCUAAAUUUUCUUGAUAACCAAGGAAAGGAAAUUUACAUAUUUUUUUCUGGUCACAACUACUAUUUCAGUCGUGGUCUGUUAUUAAGCCCAUAUCACUGCAAGGUGUCAGCUAAAUACAUUUAAAAUCAAUUUUAAAACUGUAGCAGGCUACUCUCAGACAACAAACACAAUUUUACAUGGCCCUGACCUAACUUACAGAUGAAGGAAGCAGUACAUCCAGAAUUACAACUCUCAACACUCUGCCUGUACCAAGAAAAGUAAUGUUCACAAUUUGCAUUCUGCUGCUACAGAAGGAAAGACGAUUUUCUAAUAGCAUAUCUCUGUUAUAUAACGUCCAUGAUUAUGAAUAAUUUUAGUUAGAUAUGUAAAAUUAUGUAUGUGAAUUGUCAACAAAUUUGUAUAAAACACUGUUUAUGAUGAAAAUAUACUAACAAGAUCAUGCAAUCUUAUAAAGAUAAAUAAAGUUCUCCUUCUGGAAACAAAAUCAGUAAGCAAGGUAUUAGGGCAUGCCUGACACAGACUUUCUGUUCUUUCUUCUUACGUAAUAAAAGUAAAAAAAUCUGAAGUGAAAAAAAUUCAUUUUCUUUCUCCCCACAUUCCCUAAUGUACACAUUAGCUGACAACACUAAACAACCAACAUGUGACAUGAAUUUGGCUGAAUGUGAAAGCCAAAGAGGGGUAACUAAUUGGUUAAUACCUAAAUGACUGGUUACUGUGGGGAACUGUAUGACAAACACAGGUGCCAUAUACAAAUGAAGGCAUGAAAUAUGAACAGCAGCUAAAAACUGGAACAUGCAAGAACUCUAAUAAAAACAUACAGACAAGAAGAUAUAUAACAAAAACUUACUAUUGACUAAAAACUGUACACAUGUAUUCCACAAGCAAUGCAAAUUUAAUCAACAAUUAUAAAAUGCAAAAAUUUCACUGCUAUGAGAAGCACUAUGACAAGUUUCACCGGUCAGUCUCUACGCAGCCAUGGAUCCCCGUACAUCUGAGGUUUACAUGUAUACACAGUUGAAAAUUUCAAGGGUGUUGGGUAUAUGGCCUUAUACUGAGCAAACCAUGCUCUGGAAGAAAAUUCUUUCCAAAACUGUGUUUUACUCAAUGUUGGGUAUUAAAUUCUGUACUCUGCUUGCAGUCUCCUACCAUAUCUUUCUCAAAUGGGGUCAUCUGCCAGAUCCAUAUGAGACUAUUGUAGUACUGACAGCACAUUUCAACACAAUCUUUGGCAUGCUGUACAUACCUAUCAGGAUAAGCAAGUUUUUACUUCUUCUUAAGACAAUGGACGAUCAUUUUAUCAUACCAACAGAUUCAACACAACAGCAUUUAUUUGAGGAAACCAUGAGAUCAGCUUCUUUUGUCACCAAGAUGUUCCUUGGGUCAGCUCUAUCGACUGGAGUUUCUUAUGCUGUUAUUCCUUUCACCGCCUACACAAAUGGAACCAUGAAUCAUCCUCUGCCAUUUCAUGCAGCACUUCCAUUUGACAUAACACAAACUUCAAGCUAUUGGAUGGCAUAUUUUCUACUGGAGAUCAGUAUGUUUACAUUGUGUAUAAACGGUUCAGUUAACUGCGACUUCUUUGUGUCAAUGAUAAUAAAGACAACGUGUCAAUUCCGUUUUCUACAACGUAUGAUCGCCGACAUUAAAGAAGAAGCAAUCAAGAGAAACAAACAGAAACAGCAGGACAAAAGUAAGAAAGCCAGCCACACCGAUGGGACACAAUCAGAAAUUUCAAUACUUAGUCUUACGGACACAAAUAAAGAUGACAAACUGACAACAAAGGAAGAUGAUAAAACCCAUGGGGAAGAACUAGACUGUGAAUUCCUCCAAAGACUGUCAGAAUGUGUCAAGUACCACCAACUACUGCUGCAGUUUGUUCAUGAUCUGAAAACUGCAGCCAGCCCAUUCAUGUUAUUUCAAGUAUUGAUUUACGUUAUAUUUCUGUGUAUGAAUGUACUUGGCAUGUCAACGGUCCCAGUACUCAGCAGUGAGUUUGCCAACACACUGAUCUUUGUCAUUUGCGUCCUAUCACUGCUGUUACUUUUAUGUUGGUAUGGGAAUGAGCUCACAAUUCAGAGUCUGGAAGUGGCGCAAGCUGCCUAUGAAUGUGACUGGUGUGAUGGUUCCUCAAGCGCCAAGAGGUCACUUGUCAUGAUUAUGUCAAGGGCUCAGAAACCUGUUAAGCUCACUGCAUGGAAAUUCUUUGAUGUUGAUCUUAAAAUGUUCACUGCGGUGCUGAGGGCAACCUAUUCCUACUAUCAAGUACUGCACGAAGUAUACACUGAAUAAGGAAGAAGAACAAACAAUUAACAGAAUGCCAAUAAAGAUUACAAUCAAAACAA